AUGCGGUCUGUCGCUCGCGCGCUCCCCCCGGCUUUCCCCUUUCGUUUUGGACUGUCUUCCCCGUCGGUGCGAGGACGGGGUGACGGAAGGUGCGCCCCCAGCCUUUCCAGCCUUGCAGUUUUCCGGGAGGGGGAGUUCAAGGAGCGCGCAGAAUUUGGAGGGCGCCGUGGGCUCUGGCUUGGGGCGCCCUCCCUCGCCCAUUUCGGGCGCUGCGGAGCACUCCGGAAGGAGAAAAAUGGGGUCAGCCGAGGCCCCUGCGAUGGCAACGUAGGACUGAUUUCCUUCGAGAAUGCUUCCCAGAGGACGUUCCAGAUUGACUACAGCCACAACCGCUUCCUCAAGGACGGGCGGCCCUUCCGCUACAUCUCGGGCAGCAUCCACUACUCCCGGGUGCCCCGCUUCUACUGGAAGGACCGGCUCCUGAAGAUGCGGAUGGCGGGGCUGAACACCAUCCAGACGUACAUACCCUGGAACUUUCACGAGCCCCAGCCAGGACAGUACCAGUUUUCUGGGGAACAUGACGUGGAGUAUUUUAUCAAGCUGGCCCACGAGCUGGGACUGCUGGUCAUCCUGAGGCCCGGACCCUACAUCUGUGCAGAGUGGGACAUGGGAGGCUUACCUGCUUGGCUGUUACUAAAAGAAUCAAUUGUCCUCCGUUCUUCUGAUCCAGAUUACCUGAAAGCCGUGGACAAGUGGUUGGGGGUCCUUCUGCCCAAGAUGAAGCCUCUCCUCUACCAGAAUGGAGGGCCCAUCAUAACUGUGCAGGUUGAAAAUGAAUACGGCAGCUACUUCGCCUGUGACUAUGACUACGUGCGCUUCCUGCAGAGGCGCUUCCACUACUACCUGGGCAGCGACGUGGUCCUGUUCACCACCGACGGGGCGCACGAGCACUUCCUGCAGUGCGGUGCGCUGCAGGGCAUCUACGCCACCGUGGACUUCGGGCCAGGUGCCAACAUCACCGCAGCUUUCCAGGUCCAGAGAAAGAGCGAGCCCAGGGGACCGUUGGUGAAUUCUGAAUUCUACACUGGCUGGUUAGACCACUGGGGCCAGCCUCACUCCAGAGUGAGGACUGAGGUGGUGGCUUCCUCCCUCCACGACAUACUUGCCCGUGGGGCGAAUGUGAACAUGUACAUGUUUGUAGGUGGGACCAAUUUUGCUUAUUGGAAUGGGGCCAACAUGCCCUUCCAAGCACAGCCCACCAGCUACGACUAUGACGCCCCACUGAGCGAGGCAGGGGACCUCACUGAGAAGUAUUUUGCUCUUCGGGAUGUUAUUCAGAAGUUUGAAAAAGUGCCAGAAGGUUUUAUCCCUCCGUCUACACCCAAGUUUGCAUAUGGAAAGGUUCCUCUGCAAAAGUUAAAGACGGUGGAGGAUGCUCUGAAUGUUCUGUGUCCCUCUGGGCCCAUCAAAAGCCUUUAUCCCUUGACAUUUAUUCAGGUGAAACAGUAUUCGGGCUUUGUGCUGUACCGAACAACGCUUCCUCAAGACUGCAGCGACCCCACACCGCUGUCGUCACCCCUCGAGGGCGUCCAUGACCGCGCCUAUGUCUCUGUGGACGGGGGUCUUAUUUCUAACCUGACCCUCGGCUCCAACAACCUCACGGACUGGAUGAUCUUCCCGCUCGACACGGAGGAUGCAGUGCACAGACAUCUGGGAGGCUGGCCUGGCCGUGGCCGUAGCCAUGGCCGUAGCCAUGGCCGCCAUGAUAAAGCCUUUGCCCACAGCCUGUCUAACUACACACUCCCGGCCUUUUACACGGGGAACUUCUCCAUCCCCAGCGGGAUCCCAGACCUGCCCCAGGACACUUUUAUCCAGUUUCCUGGAUGGACCAAGGGGCAGGUGUGGAUUAAUGGCUUUAACCUUGGUCGGUAUUGGCCAGCUCGGGGCCCGCAGGUGACUCUGUUUGUGCCACGGCACAUCCUGGUGACAUCGGCUCCGAACACCAUCAUCCUGCUGGAACUGGAGCGUGCGCCCUGUGGUGACAGGGGCCCGGAAGUGUGCACGGUGGAGUUUGUGGACAGGCCGGUCAUCAGUGCUGCUACGACCUCCGGUCCUCCCCCCGCAGACCUGUCUCAUCGAGGCUCAGGACUGGACCGUGUCUGAUGACUAAACACUGAGACCCUUUGGAGUUUCCACCUUGCACAUAUCACAUAUCCCUCGCGAAAUGCCAACGUGCUCUGGAAAGUUCGACUGGGAAACAGAUUUAGCACGAGUGUUUUCUCCUGAGGUUUUCCGGGCAGCCUCACGGUGGCCAGCCCCCCACCGUCAGGGGCCGCAGCGAUGUGUGAGGACGGUGGUCACGCAGUGAUGCACGAUGAGUCCCCACAAUCGAAAUGGGAGCUUUCAAGGUGUUUCUGAUUUUUAUUUUGGAAGAAUCAUGUUGCCUUUUUGUUAAAUAAAAUUGGUAUUCAAAUGAU